GUCCGGAGUUUUGCACCCAACCUUAGGGGAUUGCAGAGCCUGGGUUGGAGAGUCGAGAAUGGAACUGAGGGAGCUCUGCUUGGCUCUGCUGGCGCUGGGGGCGCUGACGGGCAGAGUCCGGGGAGCCAAUGUCUGUACCACCCGGGGGGUGAGUUCCUGCCAGCAGUGCCUUGCUGUGAGCCCUCUAUGUGCCUGGUGCUCAGAUGAGGACCUGGCUCCAGGGCCUUCCCGCUGUGACCUGAAAGAGAACCUGCUGAAAGAAGGAUGUGCCCUUGAAUCUAUUGAAUUUCCGGUCAGUCAAAUCACUAUUCUGGAAGCUAGACCUCUCAGUAAUACUGGUUCUGGAGAUAGUUCCAAGAUCACUCAAGUCAGCCCCCAGAAAAUUGAACUUCGACUGAGGCCAGAUGAUUCCCAGACCUUCUCAGUGCAAGUGCGGCAGGUGGAAGAUUACCCAGUAGACAUCUACUAUUUGAUGGAUCUGUCCAACUCUAUGCGGGAUGAUCUGCAAAAAAUCCAGUCUCUGGGGACUAAGCUUGCCUCUGAGAUGCGCAAGCUUACCAGUAAUCUACGCAUAGGCUUUGGAGCCUUUGUGGACAAGCCCAUAUCCCCAUACAUGUACAUCUCUCCACCGGAGGCCCUCAAAAACCCUUGCUAUGAAAUGAAGACAACCUGCUUACCCAUGUUUGGCUAUAAGCAUGUGUUGACUUUGACGGAUCAGGUGACACGCUUCAAUGAGGAAGUGAGAAAGCAGAAUGUAUCCAGGAACCGGGAUGCCCCAGAAGGUGGAUUUGAUGCCAUAAUACAAGCUACAGUCUGUGAUGAAAAGAUUGGCUGGAGGAAUGAUGCAUCCCAUUUGUUGGUGUUCACCACUGAUGCCAAGACCCACAUUGCUUUGGAUGGGAGGCUAUCAGGAAUUGUUCAACCCAAUGAUGGCGAAUGCCACAUUGGCAGUGACAAUCACUACUCUGCCUCCACCACUAUGGAUUAUCCCUCUUUAGCGCUGAUGACUGAGAAGCUAUCCCAGAAGAAUAUUAACUUAAUCUUUGCAGUGACUCGAAGUGUGGUCAGCCUCUAUCAGAACUAUAGUGAGCUCAUUCCAGGGACCACUGUAGGAAUGCUGUCUGCGGAUUCCAGCAAUGUGCUUCAGCUCAUUGUUGAUGCCUAUGGGAAAAUCCGUUCUAAAGUAGAGCUGGAAAUCCGUGAUCUUCCUGAGGAGCUGUCCUUGUUCUUCAAUGCCACCUGCCUCAAUAAUGAGGUCAUCCCAGGUCUCAAGUCCUGUGUCGGUCUCAAGAUUGGAGAUACGGUGAGCUUCAGCAUCGAAGCCAAAGUGCGUGGCUGUCCCCAGGAAAAGAAGAAAUCCUUUACCAUUAAGCCUGUGGGGUUUAAGGACAAGCUCACUGUCUCUGUCACUUUUGACUGUGAUUGUGCCUGUCAGGCCCAGGCUGAACCACAAAGCAACCGUUGCAAUCAGGGCAAUGGGACGUUUGAGUGUGGGGUGUGCCGCUGUGGCCCAGGCUGGCUGGGUGCCCAGUGCGAGUGCUCCGAGGAGGAUUACCGCCCCUCCCAGCAGGAUGAGUGUAGUCCCCAGGAGGGUCAGCCAGCCUGCAGCCAGCGCGGGGAGUGCCUGUGCGGCCAAUGUGUGUGCCAUAGCAGUGACUUUGGCAAGGUGACCGGCAAAUAUUGUGAAUGUGAUGACUUCUCCUGUGUCCGAUUCAAAGGCGAAAUGUGCUCAGGCCAUGGCCAGUGCAGUUGUGGGGACUGCCUCUGUGAUUCCGACUGGACUGGUGACUACUGUAACUGCACCACCCGCACGGACACGUGUAUGUCUAGCAACGGACUGCUGUGCAGUGGUCGAGGUCAGUGUAUCUGUGGCAAAUGUGUCUGUACCCAGCCUGGAUCUUAUGGCGACACCUGCGAGAAGUGUCCCACCUGCCCGGAUGCCUGCACUUUUAAGAAAGAUUGUGUGGAGUGCCAGAAGUUCAGUCGAGGAGCAUGGUUUGAGGAGAAUACUUGCAACAACUACUGUCGGGAUGAGAUUGUGCCUGUGACAGAACUCACGGACACCGGCAAGGAAGCAGUGAACUGUACCUAUAAGGAUGAAGAUGAUUGUGUAGUCAGGUUCCAAUAUUAUGAAGACUCCAGUGGGAAGUCCAUUCUUUAUGUGGUGAAUGAACCAGAUUGUCCCAAAGGCCCUGAUAUCCUGGUGGUCCUGCUCUCAGUGAUGGGAGCCAUCUUACUUAUUGGCUUGGCCACACUGCUCAUUUGGAAGCUUCUAAUCACCAUCCAUGACCGAAGGGAAUUUGCCAAAUUUGAAGAAGAAAGAGCGAGAGCCAAGUGGGACACAGCGAACAACCCAUUGUAUAAAGAAGCCACAUCCACCUUCACCAAUAUCGCCUACCGUGGGAACUCCUAAUGGGAUCCUUGUCAUCAGCAGAGUCAUGGAUUGCGGAUGUUUCCUUCCCCAUGGUUACAGAAGAUUGGAUGGAUGUUGUAGGAUCCAGGAGCAGGGAAAGGGGGAGGGGAGGAACAUGAAGAUGUGUGUGAGA